GUCAUUGUCUUGAUUAAUAAUAUGAUAUUGAUAUAUGACAAAGAAAGGCAACAAAGAUUAACCACUAGGAAGGAGCAUGGUCAACCACAAUUAACGCCCAAGAAAUUGCCUGAGCAAUUUCCAUAGCCAUGCAUGCAUAAACAAUUAUCCCAGAUAAAAAAAACCUGAUGAACCCACCUCCAAAAACAAAAACCCACCUCAAAGUCUCAAUCUUUUUCCAAAAUGGUUUCCAAGACUCGUUUAAUUCUGUCAGAUUUUGUAGUUUCUUUUAUGUGGGUAUGGUCAGGUUCUUUGAUAAAGAUUUUUGUGUUCAGGGUUUUGGGAAUGGGGCAUGAUUCAAGAGGUGAAUUUUUGAAGAAUUCUUUGUCAAUUAUGAACAUGUUUCUUUUUGCGUUCUUGGGUAAGGUUACUAAAGGAGGGACUUAUAAUCCUCUUACUAUUUUGUCUUCUGCUAUUUCUGGGGAUUUCAGUCAGUUUCUCUUCACCAUUGGGGCUAGGAUCCCUGCUCAGGUAAUUGGAUCUAUCGCUGGGGUUAGGCUCUUUAUUGAUACUUUUCCUGAGAUAGGACUUGGACCACGUUUGACUGUUGACAUCCAUAAAGGAGCUCUCACAGAAGGAUUGCUGACAUUUGCCAUUGUUACUAUCUCUCUUGGGCUUGCAAGAAAGAUCCCUGGAAGUUUCUUCAUGAAGACUUGGAUCUCAAGUGUCUCGAAGUUAUCUCUUCACAUACUUGGCUCUGAUCUAACGGGUGGUUGUAUGAACCCAGCCUCUGUGAUGGGAUGGGCUUAUGCCCGUGGAGAUCAUAUAACCAAGGAGCAUAUACUCGUAUAUUGGCUUGCCCCAAUAGAGGGAACUCUGCUGGCAGUAUGGACAUUUAAGUUGCUAUUUCGUCCACAAAAACAAGAUGAGAAAGAAAAGUUGAAGGGCAAAACAGAAUGAAGAAACGCCCCUGAACUUUUCAGCUAAAAUUGUGUUGUUGAUCUCACCUGCAAGCCCCGAAGGUGGGGAAUGCAUGUAAAUUCGAAGAAAGUCUCGCUGAAGGAAUUCAGUGUAACUUCAUUUCAUUAUAUGUGAAAUAUCUGCUGCUUUUGUCUGUGAAA